GCCAAGUGCAGCUUUAUCUCCCUUCAGGCGCAUGAGUAACAACAGCAAUAGGAAACCUUAACAUUCAGAGCCAUGAAAACAAUCAUAGCUGCAUAUUCCAGAGAUCUGCAAGGGAGCAGACUGACACUGCGCUCUGCACUACAAUCUCUAUCUGCUGCCACUACACCCCCCCAAGAGCAGCUCCGAUCAUGUAUGCGGCUGUUCAGUAUCAUUCAAUGGAUAUUUUCUUUUUUACUCAUGGGAUUAUUGGCUCUUGUGGUAUUUAUUUUUCUAUUCUUCACACAUCUCUGGCCAAUAUCUGCUAUGUACUUCAGCUGGGUCUUAUUAGACUGGAAAACACCAGAAACAGGGGGUCGACGUAGUGAAUGGGUGCGGAAUUGGUCUGUGUGGAACUAUUUUCGGGACUACUUUCCUGUACAGCUUGUGAAGACACACAACCUCCCUGCAGGGCGUAAUUAUAUAAUUGGAUCACAUCCUCAUGGGAUUCUGUGCAUUGGAGCAUUUUGUAAUUUUGUCACAGAAUCUACUGGAUUCUCUAAGAAAUUCCCUGGAAUUCGGCCUCAUUUGACUACACUAACAGGAAACUUCCGGUUGCCCAUUCUCCGGGAAUACUUGAUGAGUGGAGGACUAUGCCCAGUGAAUAGAAAUGCAAUAGGAUAUGCUCUAUCACAGAAAGGUCGUGGCAAUGCAGUUGUUAUUGUAGUAGGGGGAGCUGCUGAGUCAUUGUCCUGUCAACCUGGAGUCACAACGCUGAUCCUAAGUAGACGACAAGGCUUUGUGCGAUUGGCACUUGAGCAUGGGGCAGACCUGGUUCCAUCUUUUUCUUUUGGAGAGAAUGACUUGUACCACCAAGUCAAUUUCUCAGAAGGGAGUAUUCUUCAUGCAGUUCAGCGCAAAUUCCAGAAACUUUUUGGGUUUGCUCCAUGUUUUUUCUAUGGUCGUGGCUUAACAUCGCCUGAAUCUAUGGGUUUUAUCCCUUACUCCAAGCCAAUAACAACUGUGGUUGGAGAGCCAGUCACUGUGCCUCAGAUAAAGGACCCAAGCCCAGAGAUUGUGGAUAGAUAUCACAACAUGUACAAACAUUCUUUGCUAAAACUUUUCCAUGAGCACAAGACCAAAUAUGGGCUGGGAGAGAAUGCUGAGCUGCACAUCUUGUGACAAUCGUCAGAAUGGCCGAGCUAGAGAACUAGUUGUGACCAUUUCCCAAUAGGAAGUACAAUGGCUGCAUCUUUACAUGUGUAAACAUUUUUUGCCUGGUUGUUAAUGUGACAGGCUACUAGAGGAAUAACCAUGGACACAUUGCUAAAAGAAAAAAUGGAAAUGAUUGAUAUAACUAUGUACCAGAUCUGGAGAUAUACUGUGCUAUAUUCAAAUAUAAGACAUUACUGUAUAUGUAUACUGAAUAUGCCUAUUCUGUAUAUUACAGACACAUAUACAAUGUAUACAUGGAAUGUAAUGAUAAGGAGUUGAACAUGCAGUCAUCUACAUGUUGGAUAGUGCAUCUGUAUAUGAAGAUGUCCAUGUAACCAUGUUGCUUGAAAUAUGUGUUUUUAUACUUAAUAAAUUA